UUCAUGCUGGUGAAGUGUUUUGUGGUUGUCCAAUAAUUAACUACUGGACGGAUCGGGCAGGAAAAGAAGACAGAUAAGGUGAGCGGGAGGAAACAGAAAGAAACACAGAGAAGUUAAAUCAGCAAAGAAACAGGACAUUGACUCAGCAGUUGCAGUUUGAGGGGAGAAAGAGGAAGAGGAAAGCUCUGACACUGCGUGUGUGACAAGUGAACACUGUAUCUGUCUGCUGCUGCCGUGGUCAAAUGUUCUCCACAGAGGAAACACAGGUGGCCAGGACCAUAGAGCUGAACGAUGGCGCUCGUAUGCCAGUUUUGGGUCUGGGGACAUGGAAGUCCCACCAUCUCCCCCGAACCUCAGUCCAGUGUGCAACUGAGGCUGCCAUUGCAGCUGGAUACCGUCACAUAGACACUGCUUACGACUACAGCAAUGAGGUCGAUAUCGGUAAGGCGCUACGCUCCAAGAUGCAACAGGGCAUCAUCAAGCGAGAGGACAUGUUCAUCGUCAGUAAGCUGUGUACUACCCAUCAUGCCCCAGAGGACAUCCCUUUGUGCCUGAAUAAGUCUCUGAAUGAUCUCCAGCUGGACUACCUGGAUCUUUACCUUAUACAUUUCCCUGUUGCUUUAAAGAAAGUGGGCGAUGAGCUUUUUCCCAUGAAGGAUGGAGAGGUGCUGACCUGUGACAUAGACUACGUGGAUGUAUGGAGGGGGAUGGAAGCCCUGCAAGCCUCCGGCAAAGUGAAGAACAUCGGUGUGUCCAACUUCAACAUCCUGCAGCUGGAGAGACUUCUGGCUCUGUGCCGGGUGCCUCCUGCUGUCAACCAGGUGGAGCUUCAUCCCUACCUGGUGCAAGCAGACAUGAUAGAGUUCUGUAAAUCCAGGAACAUUGCUCUGACUGCCUACAGUCCCUUUGGCUCACCUGCGAGACCUCCGGAGCAACUCAUAGGAGACACUGAUCCACACAAGCUGCUGGAGGAUCCGGUCGUAGCAGAUAUAGCUAAGAAGCACAGACACAGCCCUGCACAGGUUUUGCUGAGGUACCACGUGCAGCAGGGAAUCUCGGUCAUCCCUAAGAGCGACAAGCCACAUCGCAUUCUUGAAAACACAAAGAUCUUCAACUUCCAUCUGACUGACGAGGAUAUGAACGCACUGAAAGGACUGGACCGAGGGUGGAGGUCCUGCCCGCUUGAAGAGGUAAGGUCUCAUCCAUACUACCCCUUUGUUUGAGGCAUCAGAAGAGAGACUGGAUCGACUAAAAUCAUGAAAAUCAUCAGAACUCAGGCGUCAUGUUUAUCUGCCUACAGAAUCACAUGCUGUAAUCCAUAAUUGUAAUGACUGAGACCAAAAUAUGAGUUGACAUGAAGUAUUUUCAAUAUUUUCAUCUAAUAAAAAAAAACGUCUGUUCAAUCA